AUGGGACAGGGACCGUCGACGGCGCAGAUCGCCGACAUGGCGAAGCAGUCCGACGCCGGCUACAACCCGCCGCUCGGCCCGCCGAACCCCAGCAACCCGCAGGUGUACUUUGACAUCCAGCUCGGCCGUUACGGCGACGCCACGAAGCUCGGCCGCGUCGUGAUGGAGAUCAAGGCCGACGUCGUUCCCAAGACCGCGGAGAACUUCGUCGAGCUGGCCAAGGCGGGCUCCCCGGGCGCGGGCUACAAGGGCAGCCGCUUCCACCGCAUCAUCCCGUCCUUCAUGUGCCAGGGCGGCGAUUUCACGGCGGACAACGGCACGGGCGGGUUCAGCAUCUUCGGCGCGCGUUUCGAGGACGAGAACUUCGAGCUGAAGCACCUGGGGCCCGGCGUGCUGUCGAUGGCCAACGCGGGGCCCAACACCAACGGCAGUCAGUUCUUCCUCUGCGUCAGCAAGACGCCCUGGCUCGACGGCAAGCACGUGGUGUUUGGGCAGGUGAUCAGUGGGAUGAACGUCGUGAAGGCGAUGGAGGCGUGCGGCAGCCGCUCCGGGGACACCGCGCACGACGUGAUGAUCGUCGACUGCGGGGAGCUCCCCGCGGGGUCCUCCACGGCCACGCAGGCGGUCGCGGCGCGCCGCGGGGCCGCGCGGACGCACCUGCACGCCUCCCCCGCGAGCGUCCGCACCGCGGGCCCCGCGUACGCCGCGCGCCGCGUCGGGCCCGCGGCGCGUCCGCCUCUGGGCGCGCGCCCUCGCGCGCCCGUGCGCGCCCGUGCCGCCGCGGCGGCCCCGCGCCUCGCGUUCGCGUAG